UGUGUGUGAACAAAAAGACGAAUCUCUUGUGAGAGUAAAUUCAGAAAGACAGAAAGAAGCACAAGCUGGAGCAAGCAAGGUUUAAAGCUGUUCACUGAAUAAGAAACACUACACAACCCUCAUCAACCAGUUUGAAUUUUACACAAGAGAAAGUCUACUGAGCUCUCUUUAUAUAAAUACCGUUCGAAUCUAACAAGUGCGUUAUGAAGGGAAUCAGUGUCCUAUUGUUUUGUGUAUUCAUCUCAUACACCUUCUCGGAUAAACAAUAUGUCGCUCCUUUCCAUCAACGUAUAGGAGAUUAUGUAAGUUUGAGUAAUGUAACUGACAGUGACAAAAUUAAGAGAGCUGCGAUUACAUGUUCAAGAGACGCCUGUAGCCUUCACACUGUACCGCCAAUGCCUCCUUGCUGUGCAGGUUUGACAUGUAUAUGUAUAUUUAGCUUCAUCUGCCAAUGUAGUUCUCAGACUAUGAUCCAUGUGACUAAUACCGGUAUACUCCAAACUGUAAUCGUUUUUCUGAGUUUUGUUGUAAAUUUACCAUCUUAUUGACGUUCUGCUCUGGUGAAUCUUGUGGAAAAAUGUUAUACGUCAGAUUGAUUUUAUGCAAGGAGAAAAUCAAUUCGAUCAUCCUAUUAUACUGCAGCUACAACUAUUAAUUCUACUACUACUACUACUACUACUACUUUUAUAGCCGAUGACAAUAAAAAAAACUACGAAUGAAUUUCAUGAAACAGUGAAAUAUGAAAUGCUAACGGGUAGAAGUU